UCAGAUUGGCCCGAAAGCAGGCUAGCAGGUUUGUUCUAGUGUGAACGGCGGUGUGGUGUUAGCCGAGUUAGCCGGUUAGACGCUUACCUCAAGUUUACACACAAGUUUAACCGCUUUUAUGAAUUCGCUUCGUGUCACAUAAUUUCAGUUACUUUAUUGUUGCCUUGGUCAGUUUUUAAAAUGCCUCCCCGGGCCGAUUUUCGGCUUUACGAGGCGAAGUUUUUGUUGGUGCUCCUGGUCGUGAGUGCAGGACGAGUCUCUGGGAUUCAGGAGGAAAACAAAUUAGCUGAAGUGCAGCAGCCCGCUGAGAAAGCUCCAACCGGCCAACCUGCAGCUCCAGUCAUCAGUCCAGACGAGCCGAGUAAAGGCAACCUGGGAUUUAUCCAUGCGUUUGUGGCAGCAAUUUCGGUCAUCAUCGUCUCCGAGCUGGGAGAUAAGACUUUCUUCAUUGCCGCUAUCAUGGCCAUGCGAUAUAACCGUCUCACUGUUUUAGCAGGGGCCAUGCUAGCUCUAGGUCUUAUGACCUGCCUGUCAGUACUCUUUGGUUACGCCACCACCAUUAUCCCUCGGAUCUACACUUACUACAUCUCCACCGCACUGUUUGCCAUCUUUGGUGUAAGGAUGCUGAGAGAGGGGCUGAGGAUGAGUGCUGAUGAAGGCCAGGAGGAGCUUGAAGAGGUACAGGCUGAGAUUAAGAAGAAAGAUGAGGAGCUUCAGCGUUAUAAACUGGCCAACGGGGCUCCCGAUGUAGAGGCAGGUUCGUCGGCGGCCGCGUCGCCUCAGAGGAAGUGGCACAAUUUUAUCUCGCCCAUCUUCAUCCAGGCACUCUCACUCACUUUCCUUGCCGAGUGGGGGGACCGCUCUCAGCUCGCUACCAUCGUCCUGGCUGCACGGGAGGAUCCUUUUGGCGUGGCGGUGGGAGGAACUCUGGGACAUUGCCUCUGCACAGGCCUGGCUGUGGUUGGUGGAAGGAUGGUGGCUCAGAAGAUAUCCGUCAGGACCGUUACGAUCAUCGGUGGAAUCGUGUUUCUCGCCUUCGCUUUCUCGGCCCUCUUCAUCAAGCCGGAUACCGGAUUCUGAUAAAAGGACAUGUUUUCUGGGCUCAGUCUGUAAAUACUGGCUCUGAAAUGCUGUACCACAGAGGCGGACUGUAAACAAAGGCCACCCCACUGUUGACUGGCGGCCUGUGUGUGUAUGAGAAAGCAAAGUGUUACUGUAUAGACCCAGUCACAACUGCUGCAUUAGUUUUUUUCCGUUAGUCUUUUUUUUUUUUUCCUUAAUCAUGUGAAGGGUGUCAUUUAAAUAACAUUAAUUUCCUUUACUUCUGUCCUUUUAUCAUGUUCCUUGUUUCUUCCGUACGGUUUUCUUCUGUUGUCCUUUAUCAUGACCCUGCAGCCAGUGAGCACCAGCCUCACAGUGCAAAGCACUAAGGAGCACAUGCAAGGAGCAAGUCCUCAGUUUUAGAUCUUUAAUUAUGUACAUCACCGUGUCCUUUCACUGCUGGGAUGAUGCCUAUUCGUAUCAAGAUUCAGUGUGUAAUCUCGCAAGUGUAAGAUUUCUUCACGACCGUGGUAUAAUUUGGCAAUAAACCCAAGAGCCACCUACUUCUGAUGAAUGUGUGUGUCGAGCGAAACUUCAGGGUCAUGGUGUUAGUUUUUCUGUUCCAACUAGAGCACAAACGGCGUGGGGAAAGAUCAGAAAGUCGGUACUCAAGUCGUUACUUCCAAGAUCCUGAUGGACAUGGAGAGAAGAGUGUAGUAAAGAAAUCCCAGACAACCUGACGGUCGUACGCAUCCCUUUCUCGUUUACUGCUCGAGUGUUGAAACUCCAGUGCAAAUCCAAAGAGGCUAAAUUUUUUGGGGCAUUGAAUGAAACUUUCCCUCAGCUAAGCUCUCUUAAGACUUUUUAGUAAAUCAAUCACUUAUGUUUUUAUUCAUCUUCAAGCAGUAUGUGUGUGUGUGUGUAUAUAUAUUUCUUUCUCCUGUUUUCUCAGCUCUCGGAGUUGACAUUGCUGGGUUAUCUACAGUUCAAGGUGACUUAUUUCUUUGUCAAUAUUUGACUGGAUUUAUUCAUCUGUAAAGGGCAAAUAAGUUCACUAUUCAUUGAGAGUUAACUGUAUAAAUUGCUGUAAAUAAUAAAUUAAACUGUCGGUAUGGCUUUU